AUGCCGUCCUGGAGCCAGUGGUUCAAUUCCAAAGCGAGCCCCGAGUCUGCGGAGCCCGCAGAGACCCAUCGUAAUAAGAAGUCGGGCUGUAACCACACAUCGCCUAGGAAUAACGAUUCGCCUUCCCCUCUCACCCACUCGUCGCGUUCGCAGUCGCCAACACCACCGCCGGCAACACCACGCUGGACAGUCUUCGGCCACCCCAACUUUCCAGAGCCAGCCCACUCGCAACAACUGACCGCAAUUACAAGCCCAACCCCAAAACACCCAGCGAGCGCUACGUCUCCCGCCAUUGCCGGCGCCGACGACAACUUCGAUCAUUUGCGUGCCGCCGGUCGCACCGCCGACAGCGCCACCGAAGCUUAUCCUAGAAUCGCACUAGGUAUCGAUAUCGACCUUGACGAAAUCGACGUCGACAACAUCGAAGCCGUCGAGAUGACGACCGGCCUUGAAUUUGGCUCGGCCUCUGGCCGCAGUCGCCAAGACUCGUUCGUCAGCGCUGGCGCGAAGCCCAUCUCCAUGGCCAACCCGAACCGCGAUCAUGCGAACCGCACUCGGCGCGAAAGCCUGGCCGGAAGCCUUAUGGGGGGGAUGAGCUGGGGAGGAAUCUCGGUCGGCAGUUUCAUCCGGGAGGAUAUGAUGAUGACGGGAACCUCGCCGUACAUUAAUAACCAGUCUACGUCGUUCCACUCGUCAUCGUACAUCCCAAGACUGGAGGCUAGCUUCAUGCGCGACUUCACAUGUUGUGAUCAGAGGUGGCCAACGCUUCACGACCUCCUCCAGCAUUACGAAGAACACCACCACGCAACAACGACCCCAGCCGCCUCGAGAGACGCCUUCGGCGCGAACCAACCAACCCCCCGCGGCCCCGCCAGCCGCGCUGGAUCGGUCACGCCCUCCGUGGGCAGGGCACAGCAGGCUUCUCAAUCGCUGCAUGGGUUCCCGCAGCAGCGCCAAGUUGGCCCAGGCAUGAACGUCGGCGGAAUCGGGCAGAUGAUGCGACAACAGCAGCACCAAGCAACGCCAUCCUCCCAGAAGGUCAACAUGUCGCACAUGAACGAUGAAAUGGAUGCGGUCGGCGACAUGGAAAUGGACGAGACUGUCGGGCCUAUGGACAUGGACGACAAUACACGCACCAUCCAGGCAACCCGUGAACUCUUCGGCCAACAGCAACGACCACAGCUACAUCUGAACAGCUCCGGUCUUCCCCACCAAGCGCUCCGUACCUCCCAGCCUCCGACGCCGGCUGCCGUUAGCUUCGGGUUCCAGAACAACCCGACUGUCUCCUCGGUCAACACACCCACCUUGGCGACGCAGCAAGGGAUCCCGCAGCGAGGCCAGCAGUUCGGGCAGGAUGCCAACGGCGACGAGGACGACGAGCUUGUUGGCAUGCCGAUGAAGAUGAAUCUUGGCAAUAUGAACCUAGGCGGCUCACAGAUUGGGGGGCUAGCAUUUGGUGCCUUGGGCACCAUCGAUGACCCGGCCAAGCGCUUGUAUAGCCCCGGGGGUACCACCCAAAUGACCAGCCAGCAACGUGCUAUCGAUCAGCAGCUGCAACUGCAACAACAAUUACAGCAGCACCUCCAAGCUAUGAAUCUCGAUUUGAGCCAGUUUCCGGCCGGCACCGACCCGGCGCUUGUUUUGCAGCAGAUGACGACCCUGAUGAUGCCGCCCGCCGAGGAGCAUAAGCCCUUCAGGUGCCCUGUUAUCGGCUGCGAGAAGGCGUACAAGAACCAGAAUGGCUUGAAGUACCACAAGACUCACGGGCACUCAACUCAGCAGCUGCACGAAAACGGUGAUGGCACCUUCUCCAUCGUCAACCCGGAGACAAGCACUCCUUAUCCCGGGACGUUGGGGAUGGAGAAGGAGAAGCCUUUCAAGUGCGAAGUCUGCGGAAAACGGUACAAGAACCUCAACGGACUCAAAUACCACAAGCAACAUUCGCCGAUGUGUGACCCCGACAUUCGGGCCCAUCAUCAGACGAUCCUGUCAUCCAUGAUGCAGAACCCCGCCACUUUCCUUGCGCUUCAGCAAGGCCUGCCCAACAUCAACGAAGAUGCGAUGCUCUAG